AUUCAGCCGGUUCGCACCUGUUCGGGAGAACCGGCUGUUAAUUUCCCAAGCAGUUCAGAGAACCUGUUGUUGGAAGAAAUCUUACUUUGUUUUUUUCCACUUUACAGGGCUAAUCCUGUAAGGAAGGCAACAUUCAGGUGGUGUUUCUAGCCUAAUCUUUAUUGCCCUGCUUACAGAAACUGCCUCUAUGGUUAACCCUUAUUACAUUGUAACAGCUAAAGCGAAGUGCCCGACCUGAGUGACGUUGAGUUGACCACACCCACACGGUCACAUGACCACUGAGCCACGCCUACCCAGCUGGUCAUUAGGGCAGAGAACUGGUUGUUACAUUAUUUGAAUCCCACCACUGCUAAAACCCAUUAACAAUUGAGUCCACCUUCAGGGCAGGAACCUGUUGUGGUCCGCUAGCAGCUGAGUAGGAACAUGGGCCAGUCCUGGAGGCUGGGGAAGGCCCGGAUGAAGGCUCUUCAUUGGAGGUAGAGGUGGGGCCAGGGCCAUCUGGGAGUGAUGUGCGGACUCCGGAGCCUCCAGAAGCUGAUAGUGAGGCAGAGGAACAGGAGGAGCCUGUUCCUAAUGCAUGCAUGAGAAGCUGCCAGAAGGCAAGAGCAGCUCAAAGAGGACAACUCAGGAGUAGUGCCAAGAGAUGAUUGGCCCCUCCCAUAAAGCUUAAAAGACCAGAAAUGGCGUUUGGGCUCUUUGCCGGAAAACCACUUUGGUAGCUUCGUCUUCUUGCAUUUAUUUUUGUAUCAGUGACUUCUGAACGUUUGCCAAGAAAGGCCUUUGGCAGUUUGCCUAAUUGGACCAAGGUUGGUGAUAGGACUGAGGAAUUUGUGUUGGGAGGAAUUUGCUUUAAUUUAGUUGGAUUACGCUGAGAAUGAAGUUAAUUAUUGUUUGAUAUUGUUUUAAUAAAGUUUGUUUGUUUUUACACUGGCUGAGUUUCGUACUACCUACUGGGGCCUGGGUCAAAACAGAACCUUCCAAGCAAGGCUGUUCUGUCCUCCUCGCCUCCAUCCGAACGAUGGCUUAAUUAGCCGGUUCUUAUCAGCUCUGGCAGCAAAAGAACCAGCGUCUGCCAAGAGCCCUCGUUAGCUGUCAAGACGCUGGUAAGUCACAACCUUCAGCUCUAGUCAAUCAGUGGAUUUGCCUGAUACAAAGAGACACACCAGUUCUUGCUGCCUUUUAUAUCCUGUGGGGUGUGGCUCCAUGACUCAGCACUUCCUAGGCCUGCCUCUCCCCUGCUUCUGUUGUUCCCUUCUCUCCUGCCUACGAAACCUAGGAUUCAACCACGCCUGAUUGCUGUCAGCUGGGUCUGCAGGUGUGGCCUGUGGGGGGAAGAGUCAGGGGAUGGAGCCCUCAUUAGUUCUUCCACCUGGUCUGCCUCUGGCUCCUGGAGCUGAGCCAGGGAGGCCAAUGCUUCCGAGGUGGCCAUGGUGGAAGUCCAGCUAGAUGCGGACCAUGACUACCCGCCAGGACUCUUGAUCGCCUUCAGCGCUUGCACGACCGUCCUGGUGGCCGUCCACCUCUUCGCCUUGAUGAUCAGCACCUGCAUCUUGCCCAACAUCGAGGCCGUCAGCAACGUCCACAACCUCAACUCGGUCAAGGAGUCGCCCCACGAGCGCAUGCACCGCCACAUCGAGCUGGCCUGGGCCUUCUCCACCGUCAUCGGGACCUUGCUCUUCUUGGCCGAGGUGGUACUUCUCUGUUGGGUCAAAUUCCACCCGCUGAAGAAGAAAACGGGCGCCGACGCGCAGGCGAGCAACAGCACCAUCACCGCCGGCGAGGCGGCUGCCAUCACCUCCACCACCAUCAUGGUCCCCUUCGGCGUGGUCUUCAUCAUCUUCGCGGUCCACUUCUAUCGCUCGCUGGUGACUCACAAGACGGAUCGGCAGUUCCAGGAGCUGAACGAGCUGGCCGAGUUCGCCCGCUUGCAGGACCAGCUGGACCACAGAGGGGACUCCUUGCCAUCUCCCGGCGGCCACUACGCCUAGAAAGCUGUCUUCAGGUUGGGAAGAUGGUGGAGCCAACCAGGUUCUCCUGACGUUUUCCGAAAUUUGGCUGAGCUGUAAUCCUCUGUAUAGGGAAAAAGAGGUUACAGGGGCCGAACUUCUUAGAGCCUUUAAGAAAUAAUAAUAAACCAAUAAAAGGCACAAAAGAA